AGAGAGAGAGAGAGGGAGAGAGGGAGAAGAAGAGAAGAGGAGAGGAGAGAGAGAAGAGAAAGAGAGGGAGAGAGGAAGAGGAGAGAAGAGGAGAGAAGACAGAGAGAGAGAGGAGGAGAGGAGAGAAGAGGAAAAGGAGAGAGAGAGAGAGAGAGAGAGAGAGCGAGAGAGGACAGGAGAGGAGAGAGAGAGAGAGGGGGAGAGAGAGAGAGAGGGUGUGUGUGUGAGAGAGAGAGAGAGAGAGAGAGAGAGAGAGAGAGAGAGAGGAGAAGAGAGGAGAGAGAGAGAGAGGAGAGAGAGAAAAGGAGAGAGGAAGAGAAGAGGAGAGAAGACAGAGAGAGAGAGGAGGAGGGGAGAGAAGAGGAGAAGGAGAGAGAGAGAGAGAGAGAGAGGGAGAGAGAGAGAGAGGAGAGAGAGAGAGAGGGAGAGAGAGAGAGAGAGGAAGAGAAGAGGAGAGGAGAGAGAGAAGAGAAAGAGAGGGAGAGAGGAAGAGGAGAGAAGAGGAGAGAAGACAGAGAGAGAGAGGAGGAGGGGAGAGAAGAGGAGAAGGAGAGAGAGAAGAGGGACAGAGAGAGAGAAGAGAAGAGAAGAGGAGAGGAGAGAAGAGAAAGAGAGGGAGAGAGGAAGAGGAGAGAAGAGGAGAGAAGACAGAGAGAGAGAGGAGGAGAGGAG